AUGGACGGAAACGCGAAGCAUACCCUUACUGGUCUAAAACGCUGGUCAUGCCAGGACCCCACUGUACUCCCGGACAUGGAUAAGAUCAAGGCCAUUCAUGUCUACGAUUUCGACAACACUCUAUUCUGUAGUCCCUUACCGAACAAGCAAGUCUGGGCCGCUCCGAGCAUAGGAACACUACAAGCACUUGAACAAAUCUCGACUGGCGGUUGGUGGCAUGAUGCGAAUAUUCUGGCGUCAACCGGCAAGGGUCUGGAAGAGGAGGAAAAGACUGCCUGGUCUGGCUGGUGGAAUGAGAACAUUGUCGAUCUUGUGCGCCUAUCCAUGGAGCAGAAGGAUGCCCUUACCGUCCUCUUGACAGGUCGCAAUGAGAGAGGCUUUGCCGAUCUUGUCACGCGCAUGUUCAGAGCAAAGAAACUCGAGUUCGAUAUGGUCUGUCUGAAGCCUGCCGUUGGUCCUUCCGGCCAGCGCUUCUCGUCGACCAUGCUUUUCAAGCAGGAUCUGCUGCGCGACCUCGUCUGCACGUACUCAGACGCCGACGAAAUUCGCAUCUAUGAGGACCGCCCAAAACAUACAAAAGCAUUCCGCGACUUCUUCGAUACCUUCAAUCGCUCCGUGUCUUCUCGUUCCCCCAUCCACGCCGACGUUGUACAAGUAACAGAAGAAUCAACCACUCUUGACCCCAUCGUAGAAGUCUCAGAAGUCCAGCGCAUGAUCAACACACACAACCAAGCUGUGCUGGACGGAGAAGUGCCUGGACUAGUGCCCCUGGCCAUCAAACGCAACGUCUUCUACACUGGCUAUCUUAUCUCUCCACAAGACACUGAGCGCUUUGCUGCUCUAACCAAGAACACAUCAGAUCGCGACUGGCGUACGCUAGCGAACAACAUCCUCAUCACUCCUCGUCCUGCUCCUCAGAGUAUCCUCAAUAAGGUUGGAGGUCUUGGUCACCGCAUGACCUGGAAAGUCACCGGCAUCUCACAAUUCGAGAACAAGCUAUGGGCUGCUCGUGUCGAACCUGCAGACCCAAGAGCCCGCUACUACUCGGAAAACCCAACUCCACUUGUCGUCAUCUCACUACGCAGUAAUGCUCGCCCAAUCGAUGCAAAAUACAUUUCAAAUUGGCAACCCAUCUCCCCUGAACAAUCCUUCGAGUUCGAAACAGUCGUUGGUGAAAAGGUUCUGCUUCGCAUCGAGACAGAAACACAUGAAGACGACUACAAUGCCUCGAAUACUCGCAACAAGCCUCAACACAAAUACCGCGAUGAGGACUUCCCACUCGAUCCCACAGCCAUGCAAUUCGGCUCAAAUGUUCCCACAGGUCCUGGUCGUGGCAACUACACCGGCCACAACAACAGAGGCGGUGGUGUCUCCAAGCCCGGCAGCAAUAACAGAGGUGGUCGCGGUGGUCGAGGAGGCCGAGGAAACAGAUUCGGCGGCAGAGGAGGCAGAAAUGGUAGAGGAAGAGGUGGCAGUUACAGAUCACUCGAUGAUCGCCAGGAAAGUUACGGUGGCGCAGGGAUGCAGUACUAG